CAAGUUGUCAACCAUCAACCAUCACUCACCUACGAAUUCAUCAAGAGUAUCAAGUCGAGGAUGACGAGCGUAUGGACUCCUAAGAAUAGGCUUCGACUAUUCAUUCUACUGSUGGCAUCGUUUGUCACGGCGUUUCAGCAUGGCGGAAGGUCUUGUGCCCCAAUCGGGGGAUCGCACAGAAGGAAUAAAAACGGAUGCAGAAAAGAGGCGGAGCGAUCCACAAGGGAAAGCAGGACGUCUCUGUUCAUGGGAAAGCUCCGAAACAAGCAGGCAGAACUCCAGAGGAAAGCAAUGCUAGCGCGGCAGAAAGCAGCCGAAAACGCAGGCUCGUCGUCGUCUGAAGGUGGCGAACGGAAGCUCCGAAUGACAGACGACCAACUCAAGGAGAUCAACGACCGAAAACGAUUCGAAGAGCUCCUCAACGCUAACUCUGCUUCGAUCGGCUCUGAUAGUGAUUCGCUGGACACCUAUCUGAGCCAGGAACAAGAGGAGGAAAACAUUGAUGCAUACCGUAAGUGUGUAUGUUCUUCUCUUGUCGUUUUUUCCUUCACAGACGCGGCAACGAGUUCCUCCCGAGUACUUUGAAUUCUCACAGCUCAGCAACUUCUUUUUUCUUUCUGCCGUGUUUUUUGAACCGAUGGUGAUUCGUCUCGAUCUCAUUCUAUUCCGUUGGGCAGGCAAGGGGGUGGAUCGUAAAUUCGAGGGAGACCCGGCACCCGCCGAGCCUUUCGAAGAGCUGGUGUCCAUCAAGUCCGAGAACGCCAUCGGCGAGGCGGCCGUGAAACGAAUGAUACCGUGGGUCCGCGACAAAUCGGAAUAUGUCGUUGUGUUAAGCGAGCCGAGGGAGAAGUCGCCCGAGUUCCACAAUACCGUGGCUGACCUGUCGAAAGCCUUGCCGAAAGACAUUUUUAGCAAGAUAAUCUUUGUCAACGCCGACACGCCCGCCCAGAACCGAAGGUUUUUGAAAAAGAAGGGGAUUUCGGACACUGGCAUCCGCUUAUAUUCCGACGAGAAGAGGGAAUGGAUGCAAUCCUACACGGCCCUUGGUGAAAACCGGUGGAGCAUGACCCUUUUUGUGCUGGCGGAUGGAAGAGUCCAGCGGCUCGUCCGUGAGUUUUCUCAGAUUUCGGCUGCCAAUGUGAUUCAGAACGCGAUAAAGUCGAGUGAGAAACGACGACUGUAGUGAUUUUGUUGUUUGGUGGGGUUUGCAGGACUUACGAAACCGAAAACAAUACAGGAAAUCAAUUAUUGACAACUGUCUACUAGCGUCUAGAGAGCGAACUUCAUACCGUCUGACACGUCGAGGACAAGCACCUUCAUUCCUUUUAGGAAAAUUACCAGGCCCAGACCUCUUCAUCGUGGAUCCUCAUAUCAUUUGUGGUGGGGAAGAGUGAAAGCAACUAGGACGAGUUUUACAGAACACGCUAGCUACACACUAAGGGAAAUCGAUGGCAUCGGAAUGAGUACACCGUACAGCGCCACCAUGAUCAUCAUACUCUCCAUUGACUAGCGUUAUUCUCAGACGAAAACCGAUGGUAAAUAAUAUGAAAUCAYCCUAGUUUUUGGCAAUUCUUGUAUUAUUUAUUUUAUGCUUUUUCCUUGUACGUACGUACCGUACUGAUUUACUUGCACUAUCACAAGUGCAUCCGACAUACCGUAGGACGUCGGGGAGGCGAUUGAAGAGAAUAUGACUUCAUAYCUUUAUGAGGUAUGAUACAUACAUACGUAAAUACGUUGUAGAAUUGUGUAGGUACGUGGAAGCGGUGGCUAGCUACGUGUAAUUUGGUUCAGUGCCUGCCACCGUUUGGUUCGUCGCCAUCGUCGACAAAUAGCAAAUCAGAGAACACGGCAACCCGAUGCCGUUUUCUUCGUUCACGCGGAAAGACACAGAACUUGUUUCGUUUUCAAUGCCGAAAAGAACCGCUUUCUUUUUUCUUCGGAAGCUACCGUACUCGUGCUUGCUGCAUUGUAAGUAUCAUUUAUCGGCAGCGAUCGCAUUCACCCCCAAAAGACCRAAGUCGAGGGUAUUUCCAUUGUUCAGACAGAUCCCGAAGUCAUUUUGCAGCAAGAGGAGAGAGAAUCAAACGGACCAAACCACGGUGAUUUCACGCAAGGAUGAGAAUGCAACCAACAAUGAUAAUACGAUGGCCCGCGAUGACGACGAGGCGGCGGAAAAAGGUAUCAUUUCUUGUGACUCUCUUUUUCCUUUCCGGYAUCGAAGCGUGGUGUUUGCUGUCACCACCUUCUUCGUCCCUGGUGCCGACGCAAUUGCCGACGGCUACGAUGCGGUUUAUGUCCCAAAGAAGCGAAGUGUCACAUAGCAUCGAUGCGGACGUGUCGUCGUCGUUCGACAAUAGAAAUAAAAACGAGGACCGUCCGACCUUCCCCAUUGCGAAAAUAAAGGUAGAAGACACCGACAACGAAAGCGAUAACAAAUCCGAUCGAACAAGGGAGAACGACGACAAAAACUCAGCUUCGAAGAGGGGCAGCUACAGUGAGGAUCACAAAAACUAUUUCUCGCUAGAAGAGGCGACACGGGAUAUAUUGGACUCGAAUUGUACCGUCGGAAACUGGACUCAGGACGAUUGCAUCAGAGUCGUCAACAUCAUUAGCAUGUGGUCUAAGCGCAGUUCUGGAUCCGGAAAGCCGCAUCCCGCCAUCCAGCAGGAACGUCUCCUCAGAAGGGUGAUCGAAGAAAAGCAGGCGGCGAAUUCGUUUGCCCUAGGGUUGAAAACUAGGGACAUUUACCACGACAUUAUUUUCAGCUGGUCUCGGUCGCACGAGCCCGGGAGCGCUAACCGAGCGGAGGAGAUCCUCGAUGCCAUGCAGCACGCCUACAACAGCGGAGAAGAUAGGAGCCUGCAGCCCGCAAUCGGUGCGUGGAAUUCUAUCCUCUUUGCCUAUGCACACUCCAAAUCUAAGGACGCAUCGGAGCACGCUAUGCGGGUCAUCCACAAGCUCUACGGCCUGAUAGCGGAGGGGAAGACGGAGGUUCGGCCGAACGACGAAUCUUACGCCUUCAUUCUGAAGGCCGUCGCCAGUGCGGGCGGAAAAGACGCUCCCCAAAACGUCCUCGACCUGCUGGUCCGGAUGGAACGACUUUCCCAGAACGGAUUUGCGAUUGACGUCUCGUCGAGCUGCCACAACGUUUACCUGUCGUCGCUGGUCGAAUCGAUGAAAGACCCUAGGGUCCAUGCAGCCCAGAAUGCACGCCUCGCAGAAUCACACUUGCACAAAAUGAAGGAACACCCGGACCCGAGUUUGCACCCCGACCGAAAAAGUGAGUAUUGUACUCCACAAAUUUCUUCGACAUGGCGAUCGUUUGUCGUUCCUUGUCGUGUCAAUCCAAUAUCUAAUAUAGUCAUAUCUCUGCUUGUUUCCCCUUUUUCAGCUUACAAUUUAGUACUAUCGGGAUGGAGCAAGAGUGGAGACCGUGAGCUUGCAACCAAGGCGGAAGCAUUGCUGGAAGAGAUGGAAGCGUCCGCAGCAGGGGACUCAUCUCGCACGGCCCCAAACAAGUACACGUACAACACAAUUAUCUUUUGUUACACGUGGUCCAAUCUACCAGACAAGGGGGACAAGGCACUUGCUGUUCUUGAGAAAAUGAAAAGACUCGGAGAAAACAAUCCCUUUUGUCGUCCGGAUUACACAACGUACAACGCGGUCAUGAACUGCAUAACGAAGGGCAACCAUCCGUCGGCACCGUAUCAAGUAGAGGAGCUUUUGAAAGAGAUGACGGAAAUCUACCAGCGCACCGGAGACUAUUCGAUGAGACCCCAUAAUCGUUCGUUCAACGCUUGCGUCAAUGCAUGGGCUAGAUCGAACUCGAGAGAAGCUCCGGAGCGCAUCAAAUGUUGGAUAAGUAUCAUGCAGGACGACUUUGAAUCGGGACGAACAGACGUGAUGCCGAAUAAGUGGACGUACAACUCCUACCUCCAGGCGCUUGCUAAGCAAAGGAACCCAUCCAGUGCCGACAAAGCAGAACGGAUUUUGGCUUUGAUGGAAGAGAAGAGUCGACAAUUUCGCUCAAACAAUCUCAAGCCCGACGUCCUGACCUACACGAAUGUCCUGCACUGUAUUGCACUGAGCGAAUCCGGUGAUGCAUUUCAAAGGGCAUACGCCAUUCUUUCGAAGAUGGAAAGCGGCAACGGUGAUGUACGACCAAAUGUUUACACUUACAAUGUAUUGAUUAAUGUUGUAGCGAAGUCAAAACUCCCGGGGAAAGCYAAAAUUGCUAUUCAAUUGGUAAAUAGAAUGAAGGAAGUGGCGAUUCGACCAAUCAUUAUCACGUACAACAAUGCUCUAAACGCCUGUGCGUAUUCAGACCCGGAAAAGGACGAUCCAAGAGAGGUUCUCCAAGUUGCUACGAUGAUCCUUAAGGAAGCCCAGGAAACCUGCGGAGCAAACUAUAUAUCCUACAGCACUUAUCUCCGUGUGAUUCGAUACUUUGUGGACGACCGACUCGAUCAAUGGCGUCUCAUUCGGAAAACCUUCCGUCGAUGCUGCGAAGAUGGGCAGUUGACGCUAACCAUCAUGAAACAAAUUAGAUCCGCGCUGAGUGCUCACCAGUACGGUUUGAUCGAAAAAGAGGCUACCGACGAACAAACUGGUCGUUGGCACAUAGAUUAUACAAAAAACGCCAAACGACUGAAAACGGAGCCAAUGCGAAGGCAUCGAUCGGCUACGUACAGAUAGAGACCACAGCGACCGGGUUUUUCUGAUUCCGUCUUACACGAACUGUUUUCAAUAUUGUACAUAAAUUGAUAGAAUAAUU